AGGGCAUGACGUGACAAUGAAGUCGCUCAUCCGUCCGUCAUUGUCAAUCGAUCGUCAAUUUUAUUUCUGUAAUUACUGAGGUUAUGUUUUGUAGGUAUUUAAAACUUAGAGAAGUUAAUGUAUAUUUUGACCUAUAAAUAAUUAAGUUUUGAUGUUAAUAUCACUGAUAACAUUUUAACCAAUAUUAUUGUUCUAAGUAGGCAUACAGUUAAAUCAAUUUCGCACUUGUUAUAUAUUUUUGAAAUAAUGGCAACAAAUUACGCGAAAUACGGCCAAUUAAUAAACGCCUCGACGAAUUAUGCUCGCCGCAUGAAACGGCUUUCGAAUAGAAUAUUUGGUGAAGUAGCAAUCCCCACAAAUUCAAAGUCAAUGAAAGUGGUAAAAAUAUUUUCUGAGCGGCCGCUACACAGCAAUGAGGAGAUCGUGCACUACUACCCGCGGCACGUGGAGACUAGCAAGCUGAUGCUGAAGCUGCGCGAGUACGGGCUGUUCCGCGACGAGCAUCAGGACUUUAAGGAGGAGAUGAAGCGGCUGCGUGAGCUGCGCGGGAAGGUCAAGGUUUGGCGCCGGCACCUUGAGGCCAAGGAAUGACCACAUUAGGUCUAUACAUUUUAUUUGAAAGUGCAGAUAUAAUUUGAAACUACAAAAGGAAAAAUUUUAGAUGUAGGUAUUGCCUGCAAUUUUACUGUGAAUAAAUUUAAUAUAAAGAAAUGUUAGGUUAGUAUAUGUAGUAAAUAUAAAAUUUCAUGCAA